ACAGGAAAGAGAGACGGAAAAGUGCAUCAGGUUACUGAAACUGAUUCAAAUGACUCUGAUGAAGAAGACAUGUCAUGUCUUGACCUUUUCUCUCUUAAAGAGACAGAUCGCAAAAUAAUCUGUGUGACACCUGAGGUAGAGGGGGUGGCACUAAAAUGCACAAUGUUUGACAGCAAGGACAGCAGUUUACAUACAGAUAGACAAUUGCGUCAGAAAACGUUGGAGAAAGGGAAGGAAAUGGCCACAAUAUCUGAUGAUGAUGGUGGUGUUGAUGAUGAUGAUGACGAUUAUGAUUAUAACGGUGAUGAUGGUGAUGACSAUUAUGAUGAUGAUAAUAAUGGUAAUGAUCAUUAUGUUGCUAGUGACAGUAGUGAUAAAGAUGGUGACGAUGAUGUCUGUGACAACAGUUCAAAAACCAGAAACAAGUCCUACCACUGCUUAGACUGUGGUAAGAGUUUUACCCGAGUCUAUCAUUUAAAGAGACACAAGCAAACACAUAACAAAGAAAAAUCUCACCAAUGCUCUGAUUGUGGUAAAAGCUUCACCCGACCGGAACAUUUGAAAAAACACCAGCGAAGCCAUAUGACUGACAAAUCAUACCAUUGCACUAACUGUGAUGAGUGUUUCUCUAAAGCAGCACAACUAAGAAGUCACAUGAAAGUGCAUGCCGGGGAAAAGCCUCACCUCUGCACCGACUGUGGGAAACUAUUCCAGUCCUUACACGCAUUUGAAAGACACCAGCAGAAACAUGCUGGAAAGAUGCUUCACCAAUGCUCAGACUGUGGUAAAGUUUUUACCAGAGCCUAUCACUUGAGAAGACACCAGUAUACACAUAAAGAGAAGUCUAAUCACUGCUCCGAUUGUGGUAAGAGCUUCACUCGWRRGGAAKAUCUAAAAAGACACCAGCGGAAACACAAGGAAAAGACACGUUACCACUGCUCUAUGUGUGAGGAGAAGUUCUCUACACAGGCAAUGUUAAAUAGUCACCUGCAGGUACAUGUUGGAGAGCUACCUCACCAUUGCUCUGAUUGUGGAAAGGCGUUCUCAGACAAAAGACAAUUUGAGAUCCACCAGAAAAGACACCAGCGAAAAACUGUAAAAGAGAGGUCUUACCUUUGCAGUGACUGUGGAAUGACUUUCAGCAAGCCAAGCGCAUUUAAGGUGCACCAGAGAUCUCACACAGGAGAAAAACCAUACAGCUGCUCAGAGUGCGGAAAGAGUUUUGCCCAGUCCACCACACUCCGGAUCCACCUCCAGUGGCACGCUGGGGAGAGGGCCAGCUACUCCUGCCCUGUCUGUGGAAAGACUUUCUCUCGCUCUAACAGCGUGAGGAGACACCAGAUGGUUCACACAGGAGAGAGACCUCAUGAGUGCCCCUGCUGUGGAAAACGCUGCUUUCGACGGAGUGCUCUGAUCAUACAUAUGAGGAUUCACACUGGAGAGAAACCAUACAUUUGUUCUGAGUGUGGGAAGAGGUUCUCCCAAGAUGGCGACCGGAAACGGCACCAGAUAAGACACCACCCUGACCUCUGACCUGAAGAGAACAGCAGGCACAGGCAGGCUUCAGUAGAGGCACACCGAUCCCAAAUCCACCCUCAGCCACUACCUUCUGAGCUCUUACCCCCUAGCCCCUGUACCAGGGGGUGGCAAACUCAUUCCUGGAGGGUCUAGUGGUUUUUAUUAUUUCCUUUCCAUUUGUGUCCAAUUAACACCUAGACAACCAGGUGAGGGGAGUUCCUAAUCAAGUACAAGGGAGGAGCGACAACCGGCAGACACUCGACCCACCAGAUAUUGAGUUGACAUCCCUGCCCUAUACCCUCCGUCCCCUAGCUCAUACACCUAGCUCCUAACCUCUAGCUCCUACUCCCUAGCUCCUACCCCCUAGCUAGCCCCUGCCCUCUAGUGAAAAUCUGGUUUAAAGAACAGCUGAAAUGUGAACCAUUUUAUGUCAGGUAGUUUGUUUUGUUUGCUUUUCCAUUUCCUCCUUUAAUUAUACAUUGCUAUUUGAGAUCUGCUGUACUGUGUUCAGAGAACAGUCCUGUAGUUUUCCCUUUCUGUUAGACUCACACUUGCUGCUUUCCAAAUAACAUUUGACAAAUGUUUGAGCCACAGGGUAAUACAUGUUUGUGGACCACUGUUAUUAGUUUGUGUUUUUACAGUCACUUUGAUUCAAGUUUAACAACCAGUAAUACAUUCAUCAGUCCUUGUUUAUGUCAUUGUAAACCAGAAGGUGAUAGUUGGGGUGUGCUGAGUUAGCAGAGACUAGGAUUACACACAGUCUCUCCAAUGUAUGUAUUUAUAUUGUAUGUUUGUGUGUAUUAUUAUGUGUGUGUGUGUAAUCUGUAUUGUUUAUUCAGUCAGCUCCAGUCUCCCAGCAGAGACCAGAGACAGACAUUUCCCUCUGAGGCCGUUAUUCAAUUUCUCUGUCUCUCUCUGUCUCUCUCUGUCUGUCUCUGUCUCUCUCUGUCUGUGUGUGUGUGGAAUCUUUUCACUUGGAUCUCAAAGUGCUUUAUGUUCAUUCCUUAUUUUAUAAUUCACAAUUUUCUUCAUAAUUCAAUAUUUCUAUCCAUUUUGUACAGUUUGCAUGGUGCAUUAAACUGACCCAUAACAAAGGA